GGCUGUGUAGUCGAUCACCGAUAGACGCCGGCGUUCAUCGAGCAGAGCAGCUGGAGCAGCAGCACACAGCAGCGGCUAACCCGUCCGGAGGAGGCCGCUGACAGGAGCACAGGUGGCAGCACAGUUCGCUCGGGCUGCUCGGAAACCGGCGGGUGUUAUGGCCGACAGCGUGGACACCUUUCUCAGGGCACAGCACCGCACAUUCAGCGGACUGACUGAAGAUGCAGAGCGAGAGUGGAAGGGACCAUUUUGCUUCAUCCAGGCCGCAGACCCGCAGCUUGGGCUGAUGAAGGCCUGGAAGGACGGCGACUGCGACGGCGGAGGGGAUGAAUGGGCCGAGGAGGUGGAGCUCACCAAGCAGGCUGUGGAGGCCGUUAACCAGCUCAGACCUAGGCCGAGGUUUAUGGUGCUGUGUGGGGACUUGGUCCACGCCAUGCCAGACACACCAUUCAGAGAAGGUCAGGAGAAAGACCUGAAGGUAGCCUUGAAGGGGAUGGAUCCCUCCAUCCCUCUGGUGUUUGUCAGUGGGAACCAUGACCUGGGCAACACACCCACCCCGAGUACGGUGGAGCAGUAUUGCAGUGCAUGGGGGGACGACUAUUUCAGCUUCUGGGUGGGCGGCGUCCUCUGCCUGGUUCUGAACUCCCAGCUGUUCUACGAUGCCUCAGCCUGCCCUCAGCUGAAGGAGGCCCAGGAGAUGUGGCUGGAGGAGCAACUGAGCAGAGCCUCCUCUUCAACAGAACCAAAACCCAAACACGUCCUGGUGUUCCAGCACAUUCCUCUGUAUCUAAAGAGCCCUGAGGAGGAGGACGACUACUUCAACCUGCAGAGGGUCGUCAGACAAAACCUGCUGGACAGGUUCAAGAAGGCAGGGGUGAAGGCAGUCUUCUCCGGCCAUUACCACCGAAACGCUGGAGGUUGCCACGGUGGCCUGGACAUGGUCGUGAGCUCGGCCAUCGGCUGCCAGCUCGGCGAUGACACCCAUGGCAUCAGGGUGGUGGUGGUGACCGCAGACGGUGUCAUCCAUCGCUACCACAGCCUGGAGCAGCUAACGGCAGGAGGCAUGGACGAGGACCUCAGGAAGCUCCUUCAGGCCUGAUGAAGUGAUAACCGGAACAGUUUGGCUUUGUUUCUUUCUCAAUUAAUGGUUUAAUAUGGAUCUUACAGAUUUUAGGCCCUGUCCUUAGGGGCAUACGACCGGGUUUUUGGAGAUUAGGCCGUUGGUCAAGACAUGUCAGCAGAUGAGAACACAAUAUAUAUAAAUGUUGAUUUUGACCAAUGGCCCAGUCUACAAAAAAAUCUGUGUAAGUAAAAAACUAACUUGUGACCCAGCAGUAAAUUUAAGCUCAUGAAGACGAGACCACAUGCCAGCAAAACAUUUUACAGAAUCUUUUGAUUGGGUUGACGUUCCCUCUUUUGAAUGUUUUCCUUGGAUUGUCACUCGGCAGAAUGGAUGUUACUAUGUCUUCUCCCGCUGCCCUGACAGGGCCACACAAAGAUCAGUGGAGGUGUUCUGAGACUGUUGGCUCUUCUGUGGAGAGGCUCUACCCUUCUGCACAGUCCACCUCUAUCUGAAGUAACAUUGCGCCCUCUCACACCCUGUCUAUCUGCCCGUGUGUCCUGCCGUCCGUCUUUGUUGCCAGUGUAACUUUUAAUGUAUCCAACCUGUUCCAUAUUUAAAGGAAGAGUCCACCCUCCAGUUAGAUCAGGGGCCUCAAUUAUAAAACAGUGCGAUUUAUAAUAAAGUGUAAGCUGGCACAAAAGCCGGAAAAUGAAAUAAAACCGUGGCUAAGCACAUCUGAAGGCAAUGUUCCCUACCAAUGGUCUUCUAUGGUGAAUCUCGGAAUUAAGUGAGUGGUAACGUGUUGCUGCUUCGGUGAAUGCAGAGAGUGAGAGUGAGUACGACAGAGAGGACAGAGCCAGAAAUAAAAAAGUAUCCCGUUAGAGAGGCAAAAAAACAUUUACUUCUCACUGUCAGAGUGUCGGGGAACUUGUUGUAUUACCUUUAUGCAUUUUAACAAUUCCAUUCCAAAUGGCAGGCAUUAUUAAAUUCAGAGACAGCUCUAUCCCCAAUCUAUAAAAUUCAACAAGAUUAUUUUAUUCCCAAAAGGGGCUUUAAGGCGCACAGUGAAUAUUAUAAAGUGUUACCUGUCAGUUAAGAGUGGUGAGUACUUGUUUUGGGAUGGUUCAGUUUUGUCGUUCUUUCUGAUACUGGACUCUGUUCAGCACAAAGAUCUGAGAUCACAGCUCUAUAGAAUCUAUAUCAGCUGAUGAGUCAUCAUCAUGGGACAAGAAAUCUUUAUGGUCAGUAAACACUUCCUCUUAAUCCUUCCAUUCACGAAUACUCAGUGCCAGUACAUUCAUCACGCAGCAUUACGCACGAGUGUCAGCGUAGUAUUUAUGUUGAAUCGGGCCGAUUACUUCACACAUCAGUGGGAUCAUAUCCUCCUCUCUUAUUUGGAAACGAAAGCUUAAAGGUGAACGCAGUUUUUUUAAUAAGCAGUCUCCAGCUCGCUCUGUGCACAAUGUUCACAGCAGUGAUUUAUCACACUGUAUGAAAACUAAAGUCGUACUUGGUGAUACAGGCAGUGUGUGCCAAGUGUUUGAAGAUAUUAAAAACUCCCCACUGCUUUUUUUUGUUUUUUACAAAUGAAGGAUUUUUUAAAUAUUAUUAAAUUUAAUUAGUUUGUUUAAAUAGAUCCCAACUUUUGUGUGAGAAGUGGCAUAUGCUCAAAAUGGGGUCUGAAAGAUGCGCACAAAAUGGUUAUAAGUGAGGCCCCAGAAGAGCUAGAGGAGGUGUGGACUCAAUCCAGCUCUUCAGUGUUGAACGAUUUUACCUCAAUAAUCCUGAAAUAUCCAGCUCCAAUCAUAUUUGGCUUUAACAGGGGCACUGACUAUUGGCAUUGAAAAAUAACAUUGGUAAAACAUGUUUAGGCAGACAGUUGUAAAUGCUGAGUGUUUAUGAUGAGGCUCUGCAUGGACAGCUGUGCAGUCAGGGAGCAGGAUGGCCGCUGCAUCGCCACAGGAAAGGAGAAACAGGAAUUUUAAUGAAUGAGCUCGGAUCGUACGUCCUCAGAUGUUUAAACGCUUUAUUUACUGCACAUCGACACCGGUCCCCGAUUAAAGACAGACAGAGAAAAGACACAACAGACCACAAUGCAAAAACUAAAUAAGAUGCCUGUCUUUUAUUUUUCAGUACCAAUACCUGUUUCAAUGCCAAUGUUCUAUUUGUAACUUCAGAUUUUGAGGUCAAUGCCAAUAUUUAGUGUCACUGUUCUAACCCUGUACGGUCAGUCUACUGCUGCUGCAGUGCUCUGCCUGGUUGGUCAUCCUAUGCAAGCUAGUCACACCAUCACCGUGUGUGGUGUGUGUAUUUUAAUGUUUAGCUCGGUACAUUGUUUGACUGAAAGAUGUGGCGCUGACUCCUGACCUCUCAUCCGAACUGUGAGCUGUUCGUCUGUAGCUUCUUACACAGCCCUGAGUUUAAUGUCUAGCCUUGAUAGUGCUGAUGAUACUCUUUGAAUUUAUGUUGACUAGAGAUGUUAUUCUUCAGCCAUAUAAAUUAGCUUUAGUUUUUACUGAUUUUGAAGUUACAAUCCUUAAGAUUUCACUCCUGGUUGAAGAAGAAAUACACCUGAUGCAAUAUUUAGAAUUAAAAACGCUUCAAAUGAUCAUUGUUGAUUUAUGCUAAAGCGACUGCCGGUUUUAUCCUCCAUGACAAACACAUGACCUUUCCUCUGAGUGCAUCACAAUAAAAGCCACACCGUGUUUUGCCUGUUAAUACCAAACACACAAACAUAGGCCUGGUGUCCGGCUGAUAAAAUGGGAUCUGUUGUGGAGAGCACAGUAUCUCCUGACUAUUUAGCCAGAGCUCAAACAGCUGAACUACCUGCAGAAUUAUUUUGGAACUCCCAGUCCUGAAAUUGUCUUAAAAAUGUCUUCAACAAAAUGACUUUUCUUAGUGCGUCCUAAAUGACUACUCCAUUACACUUUCCACACACACACACACACACACACACACACACACACACACACACACACACACACACACACACACACACUCUCUCUCUCUCACAUUCGCCCUGACCGACUGGGAAUGUAAGAGAGUUGUCAUGGCAACCCUUUAGCAACACAUCUGAGUGCCGGGGAGAAAGUGUGCGAGUCCUCGUGUGUGCACACGUCCGUCCGUGAUAUUGUGUGUACCGUAGGUGAUUUUCCAUCAGCGACGCAAUCGCUGACCUCAUUUCACACUGACAGAUUCUGUCCAUUUUCCAAAAAAUUCAGCAUGUGAUGAAGGGAGGGGGGAGGGGGGAGGGCGUCUGAGAGGAAUGGAUAAUGAGUGUGAUGUGUGAAAGACGACUCAGUCCAUCUCCUUCAUUUCCUGUCUGAGAAGGAACCUUAUGUCCUCAUCUAUUUUUAUAUCCUCACAGUAGCCGAGCUCAGUCACAUUGUUUUUAUCUCUGUGUGUGCAUUUAUUUUAAUCCUCACACACUUGACCUUUUCCUAUCUUGAAUUGUAAUGAAUUACCAUACUGAACCCCAUGACUGUGACACAUCUGGCUGUAUUUUUAUAAUAAAUAUUGAUUUUAUCUAA